CUGUAAGAAAGGUGGACACCUCACAAUAGCGUUCAUACCAAUGGGAUAUCUUUGCAUAUUUCUGCCAGUGGGUGUCUUAUCAUUUGCCCAGUUCAUUUGAAACAUGGACAACUCACUGCUAUCAAGAAAAGAAACUCAUCAAUUUCCAUCAUUGCUUUAUGGAUGUAUCCUAGCAAGCCAAAAUCACAAAUACAACAAUCCUCCAAAAAGCAGAUCUCCCACACAAAUGUAUACUCAUCAAGCAGAGGUACUUUUGAUUGUUUUAUCGUAUCCGUAGAAUGGAAGACAAUUGCAUAUUCCAUGACUAAUGAGGUAGCUGAUGCCAUACAGCCAGCUUGUAGGAUGCUUCCUUUCACACGUGAUGGCUGAGAGACAACUUAGUACAUCUGGGAGUUUUCAACAGAGAAGAACGAUGGCACCCCUCAGUAGCUGGCAGCAAGUGGUUUGGCAACAGACUGCAGUGCUAACAACAGUAACCACAGUGACACUUGUUGGCUUCAUGUGCAACACUUAUGGUAGGAACUGACACCCAAAAAUUGGCCUCCUGAAUAAUCAACAAAGGUGUGCCAUCUGAAGAUGUCCUGUCUGAAAUGAAGAUGUUUGCUCUUUGUCCAUAACCUUUUUCAAAUGGAGGGAUUCCGGGCCUGAACCCAAAAGUUGUGGAUGUGAGCUGUCUUAGACCAACAUGGAAUCUCAAAAUGGAUACUUUGAAGACAUUACAGUAGAUUCAGAAUCUGAAAGAAGUCCACAUUCUGGCAGAGCGAGCACACAAAGCAAGUUUGUAACAAAUGGUAAUAACUCAUUUAGUGAUAAUGCAAAGAAAAUCAAUCUGCCUCAAAGCACUGACAGCACAAUGAGAGAUCAAGGGAAGACUAAAAAGAACAUGGACUAUGAUAAAAAUAGUGACUCCUAUUAUUCAGAUGAUUAUGAUGAUUCAUCAUAUACAUCUGAUCAGUGUUGCUCAGAAUACUCUGCAUCCAGAACACCUAGCCCAAGCAGAAAGGGACAAGCAAAACAGAAGAAGUCCAGCAACCCUAGCCAGAAUCAAGCUAAUCGGAAAUCGGGUUCCAAGCAUCCAGCAAACCAUGGUAGUCGCCGUUGGGGAUCACGGACCCAGAGCUUAAGCAAAGAAUCUGUUCACAAAGACAUAGACUUAGUGACCAAACGCAUGUUAUCUGCCAGGCUUCUGAAAAUUAAUGAACUACGAAAUGAGGUUACUGAGUUACAGGCUAAGCUGGAGGAUUUGCAGAAAGAAAACAAAAUUCUAAAGAGACUUCAGUAUAGACAAGAGCGGGCCCUAAAUAAGUUUGAGGACACUGAAAAUGAGAUUGCAAUGCUCAUAUCCCAUCAUAAUGAUGAAGUUCGGGUACUUCGAGAACGACUUCGAAAAUCACAGGAGAAAGAAAGAGCAGUUGAGAAACGUUUAAAAGAUACUGAGGAGGAACUUUAUCGCACUAAAAGCACACUUCAGAAAUUAAAGAAACUUUCAGAAGACAAACAUCUGGUGGAGCGAGAUGAACUGGCACAGAAACUUGCCAAAGCUGAAAUCAAAAUGGAAGAAAGUGAAAGAAAAUUGAAGGAACUGGAGAGAAAUUUGGAGCUAACCAACCACAGCUUCCUUAGGCAAGUGGCCUCUGAGCGGAAGAAGGUGCAUGUGGCUCAGGAAAAUAUUCAAAAUCUCCAGGAUACAAUCCAGUGUCUUGGUCAGAAACUAAAGGAGAAGGAAAAGGAACUGGAUGUGAAGAAUAUUUAUGCCAAUCGCAUUCUGAAGGCAUCACCAAAGAAAGACACAGAAAGUGUGCCUAAGAAAAAAGCAACAGUGCUCAACACUGCAAUUGGAGUGCAGACUGAAGAGUACUUCUUGCCUUUAGAGUUCCCAACUCCACCCCUAGUAAUAAGUGGUGAAGACGAACUGACAAUAAAAGGAGAAUAUUCACAAACGAUUCAAGAACACCAUGACAGUGAGACCCUGGAAUUGACAGAUCAUUUGCAACGAGACAAGGAUCUACAAGAACAUAAACGAGAGCCUGAAGAAAUGCGUAAGCGAGAACAGGAACAGCACAGGUUGGAGUUAAAAGCUCAAAAGCUGAGAGAAAAAUGGGAACAGGAAGAGCAGGAAAGAAAAAGAGAGGAGAAAGAAAGUGUCGUAAAAGAAUCCAGUUCAAGAGAGACUGAGCACCAAAACGUGGAAAAAAUGAACGAGAAACGCAAGAAAGAAAUUCUUUUGGCAAAGAUGCGAGAGAUUGAUGAAGAGACUAAUGGAAGUUCCGUGACCUCGCCGCACAAUGCAUCACACCUAUUUUCCACAGAAAUGUCAAAAAGCCGUGAUUCCCCGGAAAGAUUGCAAAAAACUGGCGACUUUCUGAAGUCUGUGGACAAUACACUAACAGAGGGUUGUGGUCGCAGAGGUACCAGGACCACAAGCUUCAGCGAUGAGCUGAGCUUUGGUAUGUAUGCACCAUCAUUUGGGAAAGGAACUGGGAGGUCUGGACUAAUAGGUCAGAAGAGCAAAGGCAAAGGUGAGCAACUGAAUGGCUAUUAUGACCUUCCAUUUAAAGACAGAAAGUCUAAUUUGAUGGAACAGUUGUUUGGAACUGGAGCUGCCACUGACAUCACCACGAAGGAAGAGAAUUUUCUAAUGUCUUAUGCUGUAGACCAGACUAAAGGGAGUGACAACCCAUUCCCCUGGGAACAAACAAACAAAUACACAAGGAAAAAUGAUAGUGGUGAUUCUGUUUCUAGUGGUGGCAUGAUCAGCUCCAAUCACCACCAUUCUAAAUACGCCUCAAUUAAGCCAGCAGUAAAUGUAAUUGAUUCACUAGAGGAUGAAGUAGAAGAGGUAAUAUUAUAAAGAAAAGUAAGGCAAAUUAAUUUACAACCCAGAUCAUUUUCAUGAAAGGCAUUAUCAAAAUGCUCAAAUUCCCAUAACUAUACAUAAAAUAUUCCAAAAGAUCAAUGAUUUUACCAACUAUAUCACAAGUCAUAUAUUCUAUCAACACAAUGUCUUUGUCCCUUGUUAGUUCCAGAGUUCCAAAAUUAAUUAUUUAUAAAUGCUCGCUGUUUGAAGGUGCAUUUCUCUACUUUGAAUGAUCACUGUCUUAACUCUCUUCCAUGUUGAAUUGCUGACUGCCUAUUAAUUUCAAAAUUGAUGCCCCUACAUUAUUUACUACUUCCAGUCUUGGGAAGGUGAUGUGUGUGUGUGUACUACUCUCCUUUUAUUAUUAAUUGAAAAUUUGGUUUCCAAAGAACAGUUGAAUUUGAUUGAGGCCCAAUUAACUUCGACACAUUAAUUAACUGCAUGUAGUGGAGGCCUUAGCAAUAUUCUGGUAUUCCCAUUUUAUUACAUUGCUAUUAAAAACAGGCCAGAGAUUUGUUUGUGUCAACAUCGUAAUUUUGGAUUCCAUGAUCAUUUUGGUGGAAGGGGUACAUUUAACUCCUCUGAGUUGCUUUUAGUUAAUGUGCAUAUCCUUCAUAAGAGGUAAGCCUAAUGCCAGGUUCAUUUGGAUGCACUUAUGCUUCUUAUCUAGUGGACAACUCAUUAUGUUUAGGAGCCAGCAAUCCAUUUCUUGCUUUAUCUGUAUCAUUAUGCCAGGUCUCUAUCUAUGACAGGUAUAAAUCUAGUUGUGUACUCUUGGACUAAGGUUCUGGACAAUGUAGUGGUGGAGAGACCAGAGACACGAAUUUCCUCUUACAGUACUGAAAUUGCAGCCCUACAUACUUCACACUUCAGCCUUCUAAAAGGUUUGUUCAACGUUGCCACGCUGUUCCCACGACUUGUCAUUUUCCCUGAUUGGGCAAUCUGGAGGGUUACAAUUUGAUAUGUACUUAAAAUUGGGAUUAAAAUUUAAAUCCCUGCCAAAAAUUCAAGUUUCCAUCCCCAAUGUAUUUUCCUCAAAGUGAACAGGGUUCUGAAGCCUGUGGGAAUCCUGUCAAGCAAGACAGUUUGUGACUCUUGAAGCCUCCCGUUGAAUUAGAAAUCUUUUCUGACAUGUUGAAAAGAGCUUACCAAUAAUACCUCAUCCCCUCCAGAUUCCCUCUGUUCUCCAUACAUCCCUAAUAGUUACUCUUCCAGUCUCCACCAUGUAAAGAAAUAUGAUCCAUGUAAGAACACUGAAAAGGCUGAAAUGACCCUGAAAUGGACAAAAUAAGCAAACAGGCUUUGAGGACAUUGUCUUGAUGAUGUUCUUACAACCUCAUAAAAAUAUCAAACAAUAUAAACCGCUUUGUUCAAAAGAGAUUUUCAAAACCUGUUUGUUUUUUUUCAGUUUCAGCAUUAUUUCAUGUUAUUAUACGCUUUGUUGAUUUUGUACAUAAUAGAGACUGGAAAGGUGAAUAUGGAGGGUACAUAGGAGAAAUUAGAGGGCAUGGGGAUAUGAAGGAGUGUUGAGGGGAUAUGAAAAUUUGAAGCAGUAUGGGGAUACAGUGGUGCUUGGAAGGGGUUGGUGGGAGUGUGAGGGCGGGGAGGCCUAACAAUCAUGUACAUAAUGAGCUUCCUAACCUAUCCAUGUGUCAUCAACUAAAUAACAGCCCCAGAUCUGCUUCUGCAGGGUGGCAUUUCUAAAUCCAUCUACUAGAGACGAAAAUCUUACAGAAAUUCCUUGACUUUUAGAAGUUAGGAACACAAUGCCAAAAAGUGUUCUGACAUGUGGUUCCUGAUUUUAAAGUGGGGAAAUCUGAUUCCUCAUGUAAUAGGUCUUCACACCCAUUUUGCAGAGCAGAUAUUGUUGCAGUUAAUAUUUUCAGUUACUGUCUAGGAAUAAUCAACAAGUCAAAUAGACUCCUGCAAUAAAUUGUUAAAUCACUGCUACGUAAUUAAAAAGAUAUUGUGCUGAAACUUUCAAUUUUGCAUCACUACAGCCAAACAGCAUCCUCGGUGCAGCAGCACUCAUAACAAGAAGUGGCUUAGAAGAAUCCUUAAUGUUGGGUGUUUGAAUUAUUGAGAUCACUUUGAUUGUUAGGGUCUGGAAGAUGCUGUUUGAAAGGGAAUCUUAGGAUAGUUUUAUAAGAUAUGAAGUGGAAAAGACCAAUCUGGAGCAAUCUUUUGACGGGUUGAAAGAACUGUUCAUUUUCUGAAAUAGUUCCUGUCAAUAUAUAUUAUUGUAGAGGCAGAGCAAGAAGUUUCGGUUAAAUGAAAGACAAAAUUUAAGUAAUUAUCAGGAAACUUGCCACAAAAACUGAUUAGCCCCAUUAAUGGAGUCCGUGUGAAACAAUCGAGGCAAAACCUUGAAGUUAUUUAAGAGAUAGAUGGGUUUGGGUGUUGCUGCAGGGCGAAGGUCGACUGCAAGUUCUUAACUGAAUGUGGAUGAAACAUUGUUUUUCUUUAGCUCAAGGUAUGAUCUUAUACGUCUUUGUUGUAGCAGACAUGGGUAGUUUUGACAGUGCAAUUUCAAAGUGGAAUUAACCUCCAAUCAGUCCACUGUUUUUCAUAUGGCGUGCUGUUGCUUGUCUGAAGUUCACUGAUAAUUUCACAGAUCUGAAUUAAUUGGUAUGUACUUACAUUUAAUAGGGAGAGACUUUUCUGGACCUUUAUACAAACGAAUAGGAUCUCACUAUUAGUUUAUUUAAAAGGAAAGUACAGACUUGUGCUCAACUGGCCAAUUUUUUGCUAUCUGGUGUGCUCAGGUGUUAUUGAAAAUAUAUCAUAAUAUGCCUUAUGAAAUGAAUAAGCAUUAGGAAAAAUGUUUUAACAUCGAUAGUGCAUUCAAAAGAGAAAGCCAUUGUUAAUUGGACAAUGGGCAAAACAAACAGCAAACGCCAAGAACAAGAGCAAAUUGCAAUGUAAAUGCAUUGAUCUCCUUGAAGUGUUUGACUUGCCUUUUGGAUAGAUUAAUGCAUUUAAUAAAGUAACUUUUUCAGAGCAAUUAGUGUGCAUUUGUCAUGUUAUAUGCCAUCAUUUGAGUAAAGAUUUUAUGUGUAAAUGUGAGAAGGAUUAUAACAUUUGUAUUAACUUUAAAUCAUGCUGUGUAGCACUUGCCAUCAAGGUGGCCAACAGCAUAGCAAGCCAUAAUUGUCUUGAGGGAACUUGCUAGUUUUGAUCAUUUUAACAAGUAUUAUUUUCUUAGGAUAAUUAUCCGUAGAUAAAAUAUUCAUUUUUUCUUUAUUAUAACAGUGAAAAAAUACAUUUGAAAGUGGUUUGUCUGAUAGCAACAUUAUCUUAUAAGCACUAUUGAUUACUCCUUAAAAGGCAUUGUUUCAAAAACUGCUUGUUUGUUAAUUACUGUAUACAUAUAUUGAUUGCACAAUUUCCAAAGAAUAUGUCAGGUAGUUUUAAAUGCUUAUUUAUUGCCACAUUGUAUUUUUAUACUAUUUAAAUCAUUUGUUAAUUUUGGCUGACUUCAGCGUAAUGCUUU